GAAUUUUAUUGUGUUGAUAUCUGUGCUCCUUGCUACUCCACCUGAUUACAUGCUGUAGAAUGGAGUUUCAAUAAAGACAGCUUUUCAAUAUGAACUGGAAACAACAGCAUAAUUAAAACGCAUUGGAAGGGUGAGACAACUGGCAUGACAUCAUCCCAAAGAGAUAUUAAUCACUCAGGCCAACCUUCGGGUCUAAUCAGAGGAAACCUGAUGCUAUGACGCUUUGUGAUAAGAAUACCUUCAUUGAGGAGGAGCGGCAUGUUAAAGCCAAUGACCGGGACUACAAUGGAAAGUUUCUGUAUGCAGACAAUCGCAUCAAAACCUCAAAAUACCACAUUGUUACAUUCCUGCCUAUUAAUUUGUUUGAGCAGUUCCAACGUGUUGCCAAUGCCUACUUCCUGUUUCUCCUUAUAUUACAGCUAAUUCCUCAAAUCUCUUCUCUCUCCUGGUUUACUACCAUUGUGCCUUUGGUUCUUGUGUUGACCAUUACUGCUGUGAAAGAUGCCAUGGAUGACUUUUUUCGCCAUAAAAGUGAUAACCAUGUUAACAACCGGCAAUCUCAGGUACUCAUCGAUGGCAAGUUACACAAUGAAAAAUGGAUGAAUGUGCGUGUUGGAGAUAUCAUCAAGCUGGAAAACAAUCAGUUUGUAGCUGCUGACUUGCUGCUCUUGUCUAGCAGUGAACCUUAUGGACUCUGCUACAUUGAAACAGCAGAGCUAGAUGGAGAGACUAACUUAAAAGUGCGCCAGGCGUUAACAGUAACUUCUGAACUUGGUGGAGAUAUUAGCAAAAUGGCAGCAUUUGAUGGGGAAGUUGUAUGCGAGCCUCCAAACAACAGAUUGGACAGAUUCACUGGGACUCUGCUCUGGAAAGAUGAGAAGCACAGCCUUGCCAAUGACAAGAUGCUGCUUCGUGGCUGCGUGCUUCGGAAUACGGAAUGGUGCUUUGGAAUGGUCAUUUUUGCAGGACCUCAGACUAAGCUGAUGCAAAACAGUGGGAAGACCACAUUCAAAAGAACCAGCAUAGACAGAUUGAUGAACACCUUGGUUUUAUGGAUUUUUGGGUUUCUUACAUGCAUGGGGAUUAUCCUAGCAAUAGGAAACUCAAUCUGGGAGUACAGAGUCGGGGAUGAUUUCAGGAUUUACCUGGCUUGGAAUGAAGUGCUGGACCAUGCUGUGUUCUCCGGAUUUCUUACAUUCUGGUCCUAUAUUAUCAUUCUUAAUACAGUCGUACCCAUCUCCCUAUAUGUCAGUGUGGAGGUGAUUCGCCUGGGACACAGCUACUUCAUAAACUGGGACCGGAGAAUGUACUGCAGUCAGAGAGACACUCCAGCUGAGGCUCGCACUACCACACUGAAUGAAGAGCUCGGACAGAUAGAGUAUAUAUUCUCUGACAAGACCGGCACGCUCACACAGAAUAUCAUGGCUUUUAACAAAUGUUCUAUCAAUGGGAAAACCUAUGGUGAUAUAUAUGAUGAACAUGGAUGUAAAAUAGAAGUUACAGAGAGAACUCCAUCAGUGGAUUUUUCCUUUAACCCUCUAUCUGAUAAGAAGUUUAAGUUUUACGAUCACAGCCUGGUUGAAGCAAUCAAACUGGGGGACUCCUCGGUGCACGAGUUCUUUCGACUGCUCUCCCUCUGCCACACCAUCAUGGCGGAGGAGAAAAACGAAGGGGAACUUGUGUACCAAGCACAGUCGCCUGAUGAAGGAGCUUUGGUUACUGCUGCUAGAAAUUUUGGUUUCGUAUUUAGGUCCCGAACACCGGAGACCAUAACAGUUAAUGAAAUGGGAAAGCCAGUGACCUACCAACUGCUCGCCAUUUUGGAUUUUAAUAAUUACAGAAAAAGAAUGAGUGUAAUUGUAAGGAAUCCAAAAGGACAGAUAAAGUUGUACUCAAAGGGAGCUGACACCAUUUUGUUUGACAUGCUUCAUCCAUCUGACGAGGAUCUCAUGUACACUACCUCAGACCACCUAAGUGAGUUUGCUGGAGAAGGGCUAAGAACAUUGGCGCUGGCGUACAAAGAUCUAGAAGAAGAGUACUUUGAAGAGUGGUUUAAAAAGCAUCACUUUGCCAGCACUACCCUAGAUAACAGAGAAGACAGUCUAGCUGCUUUAUAUGAAGAGAUUGAACAGGAUAUGAAGUUGCUAGGUGCAACAGCUAUAGAAGACAAAUUGCAGGAAGGAGUUGCUGAGACUAUAGCUUGUUUGACUCUUGCCAACAUUAAAGUCUGGGUCCUUACAGGUGACAAACAAGAGACGGCCAUGAAUAUUGGCUACUCAUGUAACAUGCUGAGAGAUGACAUGAAUGAGGUUUUCACAAUAUCGGGUAAUACAGUGCUGGAGGUGCAGCAGCAGCUCAGGAACGCAAAGGAGCGUGUGUUGGGUUCAUACAGGGAUGUGGGAAAUGGCCACACAAACUCUGAGAAGCUGGAGAUGUCUAAGAACGACUCAGUGGUUGAAGAAACCUUCACUGGAGAGUAUGCUUUGAUCAUUAAUGGGCACAGUUUGGCCCAUGCUCUUGAGGCUGAUCUGGAGCGGGUGUUCCUGGAUAUCGCCUGCAUGUGCAAAACUGUCAUCUGUUGCCGAGUGACUCCACUACAGAAAGCCCAAGUGGUGGAGCUUGUGAAGAAAUACAAGAACGCUGUCACUUUGGCAAUAGGGGAUGGAGCUAAUGAUGUCAGCAUGAUUAAAACUGCUCAUAUCGGAGUGGGGAUCAGCGGUCAGGAAGGCAUGCAGGCAGUGCUGGCCAGCGACUUCUCCUUCGCUCAGUUCCGAUUACUUCAGAGGCUCCUCCUGGUCCAUGGCAGGUGGUCCUACUUCAGAAUGUGCAAUUUCCUCUGCUACUUCUUCUACAAAAACUUCGCUUUCACGCUGGUGCAUUUUUGGUUUGGUUUCUUCUGUGGUUUUUCAGCACAGACGGUGUAUGAUCAGUGGUUUAUAACCUUGUUCAAUAUAGUUUACACCUCCCUUCCUGUUCUUGCAAUGGGCCUGUUUGACCAGGAUGUUAAUGAACAAAGUAGCUUGGAACAUCCCAGACUGUACGAACCAGGGCAGUUGAAUGUCCUGUUCAAUAAACACAAGUUCUUCAUCUGUACAGCACAAGGGGUCUACACUUCCAUUGUCCUGUUCUUCAUACCAUACGCUGUCUUCCUGGAUACCGUUAGAGAUGACGGGUCCCAUAUCUCAGACCACCAGUCCUUCGCUGUUACUAUAGCAACAUCAUUAGUGAUUGUUGUCAGUGUCCAGAUUGGGCUGGACACCAGCUACUGGACAGCGGUUAAUCAUUUGUAUAUAUGGGGCAGUGUGGCUAUUUACUUCUCAAUAUUAUUUGCCAUGUACAGUAAUGGCAUAUUUGAUCUAUUCCCAAACCAGUUUCCCUUUAUUGGAACCGCUCGUAAUGCCCUGUCACAGAAGAGUGUCUGGCUGGUUAUCCUUCUCACCACAGUUGUAUGUGUCAUGCCAGUGGUGGCUCUGCGGUUCCUGAGGGUAGAUUUAUAUCCACGCUUGACUGAAAAGGUCCGCUACAUGCAGCAGGCUAGCAAAAAACAGCGCCCCCUGGAGCACAACCUGAAGCGCGUGCGCAGGACCAGCUCCAGGCGCUCAGCCUAUGCGUUCGCACACCAGGAGGGCUACGGAGAACUCAUUACUUCGGGAAAGAACAUGAAAGUCACCAACCCCUUCUCAUCAUUGCCAGCUGUGAGGAUACAGAGCAGCACCAGCUGGAUUGAGAAUCUUCUCAAGAAAAGAGCAGACGCCCCAAACAACACAAGCACUGACAGGACACUGAAACAACAGCCGUCUCUAUAGCUCCUUUAGAGGCCUUCUCCAUCAGGAGUUCAAAAAGACUUACAAUCAGUCUUGUUUGAUUGCAAGGGCUGAGUCAGAGCUAGUUAGGAUUGCAGUCUGGCAGAAACUGCUUUCCAAAUUACUCUUAUGGAGGAAGUGAUCUGAGGUCGGGCAUCAAACCAUAUUUAUUUCUACAUAACUUCAAUCUCUGAACUGGUUUAACAUCCUUUGGCAGAUGGAAACCAGUGCCAAUCCUUAUUUGAUAUUGGAAUGAGGUCUACUUUAACAGCCCACAGGUAGAAAUGUAGCAAUAGGUUAUUUUAGCCAUAUUGUUGGACCGUGUUAGUAUACCAGGUGAAGCAAGGAGGCCUAUUUAUGGCAUGACAGCAAAAACAAUUCUAAAAAAAACCACUGAAAACACACUGAUAAAAGAUAUGCUACAGUACUAGAUGUACUAGGGAUUAUUUUUUCCAUGGAAGGGCACCACUACUUCACAUUCCGUUGAGAACGAGCACACAGCACCCCCCUGUGGCAGAAAUUGAGCUUAAGGACCAUUGUUGCCUAUCACAGUAGGUCCUGCUUUUCACUCAUUACAGUAUAUUGCGUCCCAUGCCUCUGAGACAGUACUGUUCCAAAUCUUAUGAAAGCAUAGUCUAUAACAUUUUAAUGUAUUUAGUCUUUUUAAAAUGUAUUUAUUUUUUAAUUAUGCUUGAAGUGACUAUGAAUGAAUUAAACCUACCGUAUAAUAUAGCUGUCGUAUAAGAAUGUUACUGUACCAGGCGUUAUUUAUUUUAUUAAGCACAACUUAUUAGGAGUGUUUUGAUACUAAAGUUUGAAAGAAAGACACAAAUGUUUCUACAAAAAUAAAAAUAAAAACAUUUGAAGUGCUACUACUCAGUGUCAUCCACAUUCGAACAAUUUUCUCUUCAGAAAAGUCUUUGUUCCUUUAGCAAGCACAAGACCUACCGUUCAGUUUAUAUAUGCUUUUAUCAACAUUUGUCUCAUAUUUUUAUUAGUUGUCUAAACAGUCAACAUUUUUCUUUUUAUCGUGUCUACAUCACAGUAUGUCUGUUCUUUCAUUUACAAACGCAUUGCUGUCAGAUGCAGCAUACCUUGUAAAUAAGAAUUGUUCAGAUUUGAAGACAGCAGUAUGUGUAAAAUGGAUGUAUAUGCAUAUUUAUUAGCCUGUAUUAGUUUUAAAAUCAUGUAAAUACUGUAGCACCAAAAAAUAAAACAAACAAACAACAAAAAAACAUACAUCAUGCUAAAAUGGUAAAACCAUUUUUUUAAAUUAUUUUUCAUAUUUAUCCAGAUAAUGGUUGGAGCUGAUUUUUGUUUUAUUAUAAAAUGAUUGUGUUGGCCCUGACAAGGGAUCCAUGUGCCUUUUGCUUUUCCUUCAAAAAGGAAACAAAUGAUUUCAAUUACGGGAUCUACCAUUGUGUCAUUAUUAAGAGAUGUAAUUUAGUUUAAACAUUUCACCCAUGGUAUCUCAUUUAAUGUUAGUUGUUUAGUCAUUCUGUAUAUUAGUGAUGUGAUGUUCAGACAGGGUAAGAUUGAUGACACAUAUUAGCUGUCAGAAGCAAGCAACUCAUGCAUAGCUUUUUAGAUCUUUAAAAAUACGUGCAGUCAGUUUAAUUUUAAUUAAAAAAACCUUUUGAGCCUUGUUUGUAAUAUAUGUAAAUACCAAAGUGUUCACUUUUUUAUAAUACAUAUCAGUGGUGCAGAUUUUUCUUAAGGGAUGUGCAAACAUGGGUCAACAUUUUGAUUCCAUUUUCUUUAAAGUACUUUAAUGUAAAUGUUAUGUAGUUAAAUGUUGUGGACAUAAUAUGAUUUUAUUUGUUGAUAUGCUUUACUGUGUGCAAAAUGAAAUGUUUCCCUGUACGAUAUAUCUGCAUGAGUUUCCAUACCAAAGAGGACCAGCUGUUUUUUUUUUGUAUUAUAGAAACAAUAAUCUGUACAAAAUGCUGUAUAUAAUUUAUUUAAUCUAAAUCCAUACUUUUUUUCCAAAAGCAUAUUGUUUACAAAUCACGGGGUAGAUGGGGAGUUGACACGUUUUUGUAAAUCUACUGUAAAUUGACAUGCUUUUGAAUAAUUUGUCACAAAAUGAAAAGCUGAAUAAAGGACCAGUUUUUCAGAAUUGUAACAUUAAA